AUGAAGCUGCAGAGGGUUAGUUAGGGUGGAUGGCAGUGGAGGCUGUUCCUCCGAGGAACAAACUCAGAAGCAAAUUCCUUAAUCCCAGAUUCCACCCACGCCUGAGUACUAGAAUUGGCAAAAGGCAGAGCGCUGUUACAGACCUAAGCUGGAUAACAGUGUUUCCAGCAUUUAGCAAAGAUAAAGACAAGGAGAAGAAGCUGGACGAUGAGAGUAACAGCCCGACAGUCCCCCAGUCGGCAUUCUUGGGGCCCACCUUAUGGGACAAAACCCUUCCCUACGAUGGAGAUACUUUCCAGUUGGAGUACAUGGACCUGGAGGAGUUUCUGUCGGAAAAUGGCAUUCCCCCCAGCCCGUCCCAGCACGACCACAGCCCCCACCCGCCCGGCCUGCAGCCGGCGGCCUCCACCGCCCCCUCGGUCAUGGACCUCAGCAGCCGGGCCUCUGCACCCCUGCACCCCGGCAUCCCGUCUCCAAACUGUAUGCAGAGCCCCAUCAGACCAGGUCAGCUGUUGCCAGCAAACCGCAAUACACCAAGUCCCAUUGAUCCUGACACCAUCCAGGUCCCGGUGGGUUAUGAGCCAGAUCCAGCAGACCUUGCCCUCUCCAGCAUCCCAGGCCAGGAAAUGUUUGACCCUCGCAAACGAAAGUUCUCCGAGGAAGAACUGAAGCCACAGCCUAUGAUUAAGAAAGCUCGAAAAGUCUUCAUUCCCGAUGAUCUGAAGCUGGAAGUCACACAGCAUCAGAUCUGUAAAUAACGUGGAUGAGGACAUACUGUGAUGUUUUUACAAGCCUGCCUUCCAUUGGAUGACACUCAGCAGCAGCAUUCACCAAUUUUUGAUCAUGCUUUGUAAAGAAACAAAAGAGGACUUCCAGAACUAAGUGGCAAGAACUAUAAGAUAAGUGUGUUCAAAUUGGGGGAGGGUAUUUUGAGGAGGGUUAAUAGCAAUGUGCCUUUUCCUGUAAUAAAUUUUUAAAAUUUAAAUAGUCACCAUAAAUUUUGAUUACUCCUUGUAAAUUAACAUGUGAAGUACUCAUGAUUUCUGAUCCUGACUGGUAUGUGACUCUUUAGCAUGUUACUUUCCUCUCUGGGCAUCUUCUGAAAUAAUGCUUUCAUUAUUUGCUACUAAACAGAGAUAAGGAAAAGCAAUAAAACGUCAGAGGGAUGGUGAGCCUGUGAAGGAAACAGUCUUACUUCCAUCUUCAAGGAAAUCCAUAAAAUAUAACCCAUAUAUCAAACCAAAAUCUUUCACUGUUAGAAAGAGAAGAAAAUUAUUUAAGAAAGGCACCUGGAUCUCAUAGUCCUCCAAGGAUUACCUUCCUUUUGGAAGGAAUAACAACCAGAAUCAGGGAAUAACAAUAACAAUCAGGAAAUAGCAACCAGAAAUGGAACCUCCUGCCACAUGGGCAAUCUCGGGUGACCAGGGUGGGAUAAUGAGAGGGAAGUGAUGGAUUCCCUGACACAUUAUAUGUUACGUUCAUAACUAGUGAUCAAUUGAGUAUCUCAACAGAGAGUUAAUUUUGGGUUGGAAACGGUACUAUGUUGAAGGGGACACAUUAUUUAUAAAGGGAGAGAGAUUUACCUUAGGAAGUCCAAUAUAGCUUAAAACAAAAUUAAUCUGCCAUAUUUUAUGAUAUUUCAGGAUUAAAAUUUUUUCCAAAAUGAUGCCACAUCCACUAAUACCAACAGAACCAUUUUUGAUUAGCUACUUCAUAGACCUUUUUGUAUUUACAUGUCUUUCCAGGCAUAAAGACAAUGGAAGUAUGAUUAUACAUUUUCAAGGCAUUGGAACAAGACAUAAUUAGCCUUUUCUAAAGUUUGACCCCUACUCUCAAACUUAAACAUGGUUCACAUGUAGAGAGACUCCAAGGUAGGGAAAAUGAGACUUUGGGACACCGAACUGACUUAGACCAGGUUCUGUUGCUUCUCAUGUCUAGAAAGAACACCAGAGAUAGAAGUACCUGGCAGAUCUAAAUCACUGCGGUCAUGCACAUAUCUGAAAGUACCUUCAUUGAUGCAGAAUAGGGAAAUUUCAGGGAGGACAAGAACCUUAGAGAUUCAUUAGUCCAGUGUUAUCCCUUUGCAGUUGAGAAAGAGGAAAGGGAAACUCAGAUGAACUCUGCCUUGGAAAGUUCACUGCAGCACGUUAGCCCUGACAAGGACUACAGCAGGGCCUUUAAUAACUGCCGCUGAGGAUCAAGAAAGGAAAGUGUAUGGCAAAGACAUCAGAAGAUACAAUCUAUUUGGGUCAUGGAUGGUUGGACUCCACAGGCUAAGACCAGGGUGACAUGGGAUUAGGUGUAGGGAUCAGAGGUACCUUCUUUCAGUUGGGUGCCUAUCAUGAUCUUAUGUCUUUAGUGAUCCAAUUCUGUGUGCAUUUCAGAGUCUCAUCUCUUAAACAAACUAGGGAGCCCAUUCAGGAUGGAUUUCGUCUUGGUUGGAGGUUAGUUUGAAAGAAUGCUGCCGAGUAGUAGAUAGAACUUCCAACCAGAUUUUCACAGUAUCCUAAUUUACAUGCUCAAACAAAGAGCAAGACAGGUAAUGUUAGCAACAAAGAGGCGGUUCAAAACCAUCUGUGGUGGAAUUACACAUAUUACUGCCGUCAUGGCUGUGUCUGACCUUUUCAUAUGGUACUUUCCUGUGCUCCUGGGGUUUUUUCCCAGGUGUGGGUGAACCUUCAAGUCACAGACCAUGACCUGGUGGGAAACAGGAAGAGCUGUCACAUGUCAGUAGAGAGGACUGAUCUGGGGUGGGUGGGAGAGAGGUGUUUAUGGCCCCAGGCACUGGACAAUGAGCAAACCAAUUGAGUAGAAUCGCAUCCACCAAAAAUGGUGGAUCAGGGAGAGCACACUCAGGUUCCUAACUAAAAAUCAGUUUUGUUACCUGAAUUUCUUGAUACUUUUAAGAGUCCAUUCAUUCAGUGGACAGAUAUUUUUCAAAUGCUAGAGUAUGCCGAGCCCCAUGUCAGGCUAGAGAUACCAAGGUGAGCCAACACCCAACGUUUUUCCUGGCCUCGUGGAAGCUCUAGUCUGGCCAGCAAUCCGAAAUGUCGACCUGUUGGAAUAGGGUAUGGCUGCGUGGGUUCUGGUUGGAUGAGAGUAGCUGCGUAGCCAGAUGGCAUUAGCACCUGGGAGGUGGAAAAGGAGACAGAUGUAGCACCAAAUUUACCAGCCCCACUCAAAACCCUAUUUCUAUGCCCAGCCAUUCUGUGAUGACAAAAUGAGACAAACUGGUUUUUCUACGCAGGACUCUGCCUCUUCCAUCUUUCCUGCCUCUGUGUCCUUUGUUCCACCCCUGUUCCAUAUUCCCUUUGGUCUCCAUUCCACCCUUUUGCUAGCUCAUCUGCUGGGAAAUGAAAGCACUUUGGAAGUAAGAAGAACUCUAGGCAAGAUGCAGAAUUUGGUUGUUACCUUGAGGUCAGCUGGUGAGUCCUGGUCCUGAGGAUCUGGUCAGUAUGGUCACAGGCCACCAAGCCCAUGGCCUAUAGCAGUACCUCUGUCCAUCCCUCCCUGCCACACAGUUUACAGGGGCUUGUUCUCAUGUGCUCGCUCAGCACCUGCCUUCCUGUUCUCCUGUAUGCAGCUUCUAAUACAUCCUGAGUUAGUUCCUCUUUGGAUUCCUCUUGGAAACCGAACUCCUAGGCUCAUUGACUAGUGUGGUGGAUUUACUGACACUGAAGGGUAUGGAAUGGGGCUUACAUCCAAGUGAUACAAACAACCUCCAUCAGAAUUGGUGCUUCGCUGUACUGAGUAUGCCUUUGGGCCCCUUGGCCCUGUGAUGUCAUUGGCUCUCCUGGCUCCUCCCAGUCCUUCUCCUAUUCCUCCAGCUCCCCUACUGUCUUUCAGGAGGCAAACAACAAAUUCCACCACCAGCCCUUGCAUACGUGUACAGGCUUGUUCAUUCUGGUACUCUUCAAAGGACAACCUCCUCCCUGAGAAGAAUCAUGGUGCCAACUACUAGGAAGAUCAUUUUUCACCCUAUUACAUAUUAGUUUGAAGCAAAACAAAGGCCAGGGGUGCUUUACAAACAAAAUGACACUACCAACUUGUGACCAGCACACAGGAAGUCCCUACGCACACGUUCCAUCUCACAGUCUGUCUUCAUGCAGGGCAAAUAUCUACUGAGGGAAAUGAGUGGGUCCAGGGCAGACCACUCAUGUUAGAUUUUUCCUGCAGCCUUGAUCCCACCCCACAUGACCUCCUCCACUGCCAACACCUCCCCUUGGGAUGCUGGGGAAGGUAAGGACUGGCCUCACACACAUCUUCUGGGUAGCAUGUAACUGCAUAGGGAUUCGCUUUGCUAGGAUGGAGGGAUAUGGUGUUGGAAGUUGUUGAGGAAAGGAAGUUGCAGACUUCAUCAGGUAACACCGUCAGUGAAAUGGGCAGAUCUAAAAGAAAGUGCAUUCCUUAGUAAGGAAGGUUUUCUUUCUUUUGGUGGUAGUGGGGCCAACAAUGAGGGAAAAGGAAGGAUUGCUUUCAUAAUGACCACAGUUAACCUUUACCCAGGGCAACUGAGACCUAGAGAAUAGUUAAGCAAGAAAUUAGUGGAAAUCAUGUAAAUGCUAGUCACUGAUAUGAGUACACUGAUUAGUGACAGAUUGGAGGGUUUUUUAAAUUUUUGUUUUCAACAAUCAACAUGUACAUUCCAUUGUGUGAUAUUCUUCUGGUCAGACAGAUACAAGAGGUGAAAGAUCCUACUUCUCUCCUUUGUCUCUCUUCUGAGCCUCCCCUGCAGAGGCAUGAUUUUGAUAGCUUGGUAUAAAUCAGUGGUGGCGAACUUAUGGCACACAUGCCACAGCUGUUUGUUGUCACUGAAAGCUCUAAAAGGUUUGCUGUCACUGGUACAAAUCUUUCUGAAUCUCUUUUUAUGAAUAUAUUACAAGUUUUUAAGCAAACUGGGAUGAAACCAAACAUAUUUACCAACAGAUUGCCGUUGUUUCCACUUACAUUGUGAUAUAUCAUGCACAUCUUUAUGGUUCAGUAGGGUAAUUAUCUUUAACAGCUGUAGAGUAUCCCUUUGUGUGACUCUAUCCAAAUGAUAGAUACAUACAGAUAAUUAGCUUUUCUCCCAUGUUUUUCUUUUACAAACAAUGCUACAGUAAAAACCUUGUGCACUGUGCAUUGGCUCAAAGAAGCUACAGGCUGAAAUCCUAGCAGGGUAGUUACUAGAUCAAUAGAGUACAUAUUAAAAUGGUUGAGAGAUAUUGCCAAGUUGCCUUCCAAAAAUAUUGUACCAACUUACACCAGAAAAGCAGAUGAGUACCCAUGGAAGAAAAGAAGGUUCUAAAAUUUUUAGCCAAGCUAGUAAAGAAAGUUGGAAUGUGCUUCUGGGUAUGAGGUGAGCUGCUUGCUCUCCUUCCAGCUCUGAUCUCCACCUCAUUGGGCACAAGCCAUGCUGGGCAUAGCAAGGGGCCCGCUGUGACAGGUCGGUCCUUGCUCCAGGAAGGAAGCCAUGGCUCAUGGACCAUUUGCUCAGACAGGCAGAAGCUAAUGGAAGGAGACAGGGGUUCUGAACCUGGGCAGGCAUCUCAGUGUGGCCUUAAAGGCUGCCCGUACCCAGGUGAAACUGCACUGCUGAAAUCUAAUACCUUGUUUCUUUACCCUUCUGUGACU